CUUCCAGUCGAUUUGGAAAGACAACAGGGAGUUCUACAUGGACAGUAGUAAGACACUCUCUACAGGAUUUGGACUUAAUCACAAAGAAGUUGGAGAUGGUGGUGUUGAAAACACAAAGCUGAGUGUUUGGUCUCUUAGGGAUGGGCAUGUUGCAUUAUCCAGUUACGAGGGGCCCAACCGUCCAGAACCAGAGGGAUUCCGCCAAGCUUGAGGUACAUAUAUUGUAUACAUCAUGGAAACAAAAUUUCUGAAGAUCCUGCAUAAAUGUUGCAAUUCCAUGGAUCAUUUUGAUAGGCUUGGGUCCCGCGCACGAGAUUUAGUUGUGCAAUGGCAGUCCCGCUGUGGAGUCGUUAUGCAAGGAAUUGAGGAGGGUUUUGAAAACCAAAAAGUCCUAGAGAAAGCAUAUGAACUGAUGGGGAGCAUACUAAUAUAUCAUGUUGAUGCUUGGGCUGAAGGGAAACUGUUUUGUCAUCCUUCCCUGCCUUCCAAGCCAAGGGAGGAAAUCUGGGCACCUAUCGACGAGGGUGAUGGGGACGGUGACAUACAUAAUCCGAACGUUGCAGCUCCACUGCCAAGAGCACCACUUCGACCGCGGCAUGUCACAUACACCAAAGCAAGAGGAGGGCAGAAGCGUGGCUCAAUUCAAGUCGAGGACAAAGAUGGCAAACGGCCAAGAAGAGAGUGCACAGGGUUUAGAGGAGGCGGAGUUGGUGGCUUGGCUGAAGUGCCCCCUUGGUUCCUUGAAUGGCGUCAAGAUGUCGACAAUGAGAAGCUACUGAAUCGCCUAAUUACCACUGCAAAGAAAGAGCUUGGCCUUACGUUCGUGGAUGCUCCGGUUCUUCAUUUGAAGCAAACCUUCGAGAAGAAGAUACAAAGUCUUGAGCUGAAGAAUGCAGGUAGCCAACGUAGUGAUGUUGAAGACAUCAGAGGUGGUGGUUUCAUCACCGAUGGAGUUAUCACGCAGUACUUCGAAGGCCUCACUCCAAUGCUGCAUAACCAAGUCAAUCUGGUGCCACCGGCAAGCUCGCUGGCUUUCGCCCAUGAUCCAUAUACAAUGGAUGUGGCACUUCUUGCUUCCUCAGAGAUCAACAUUCUUCCCGUCAACAACAGCACUAGUGAUGAGCCGGACAUGGGAUCUCACUGGUCCGUCAUGGUUCUGUACAGACCCAUCAAUGGCGCGCCUCGACUGGUGCACCAUGACAGCACCGAAGGUCGCAUCAACAACGAAGCCGCGGAGCGCCUCGCCCGCUCAAUCCGCAGAGUGCUACCUCCCUUCCAAGAAUCGGUCGUCGAGCACGCGAGCACUCCACUCCAGGAUAACAACGCCGAUUGCGCAGUUUUCGUGAUGGCAAUUGCCAAUUCCAUUGGACGUUGGCGACUAAGCAAGGGUCAUCAAGGUCAGCAGCUGCAGCAAGAUUGGGUGAAUACACUUGCGAGGGAUAUAGACCAGAAUGUCGUCGCUCAGAUGAGGAAUUUGCUCCCUGAAUUUCUGGAAGGACAGAUGACUGUGGAAGAGCUGAACUCUGUGUGCUUCUUCAGUGGAGACGGAGUUGAUGGGCAGGGGAAGAAUGGUCUUCCAUGAUGGAAUUGAACAACAAAGCUACUCCUGUGUAAUAAGCAACAAAUGCAAUGGAGAUAUUCUGACGCAGGAACUCCUGGCGAAGCUUAUUGGGGAAGCUCGAUGCAGGCAUUUUCAGCUGCACCGGCGUCGACGACUAGUAGUGGACCUUUUUUCUUAGUCUCUCUGUCUUAUGGCUGUGAAAUCACAGUGACUUGCAUCCAUUGACAGACAAUGUUUGUUUCCGUGGGAGAAGUUUGGGAUGGCUUCUCUGAGCCUAGCUCGAACUCAAAGGAAGGAUGAGGAGCUCUGAUGGGAGCUGUGCAUUUAUCGUAUCUUUUGGCCUUGUGCGCCUGUAGUGUAAUCCAUCAAUCCACUGUAGUAGUAGUAGUAGAAAGGAAACUUGCUUGGCUGUAUUGGUUAGAGGGGAGUUGAGAUACUGUUGCUUUGAAUUUGCAAAAAAUGCGUUGGUGCGUUUUCUGUAAAGCAGCAGACAUAUUUGCUUUCUAGUUUCUACUCUACAUCUACAUACAGAAGCAGCAGGGCAUAAGCCUAUUUUGAU